AUGCCGGCACGAAAACUUUUUCAUAAAACACUUGCUACUAUGCUUAGACCACUAAGGUCUCUAAGUAAUACUGGCAUUCAUCUAUAUAUCAAUGAUAACAUUAAAUGGUUCUACCCAUAUUUGGCACUUAUAAUUUCAGAUUGGCCUGAAGCAUCUUUGAUGUGUACUAUCUAUGGAACACCAAAUUCUUUACGUUCAUGCCAUUUUUGCUUAGUAGACCGUAAUUUCUUGAAUAAUAUACAUCUUGAAAAAGAAAAUAUUAUUAUUCACAACGAAAAUAUGACCAAAGAUGGUUUAAGGCAAGCUGAAUAUCAGGCUUUAAUGAAGACGAUAUUAUUUGCCUUGGAUGAAUUAAUACCUGAAAAAAAACUUAACAAAAGUCUGUGUGAUCUUUACUCUUUAUGGAUCGAUAUGUAUAUGUGGAGUUGUCAAACUAAGUAUACCAAAUUGGAUCUUAAUAAAUUCGAGGCAAGUAACCUGGCAGAAUAUCUUUAUGUUACUCGUAUCAAAGUUUCAAUCAAGGCCCAAUAA